ACGUGUGGGUGCAGUUUACCCAAAAGUCAUAGAUGAAAUGUGAAGAUUGGAUCUGCGAAGUACAUCACCGCAUGUCCACAUCCACACGUUACUAUCAUCCACUUUCAAUGUGCUACGUCACUUCUAAUUUUUGAAACGCCACCGUAUCAGGUGUCCUUUCCCUCUCGUCUUUUGCUUUAUUUUUCUUUCCGCCGUAAAUCCACCAUGGGAUACACCUUCAUCUUUGUUUCAUUGGCACACUGAAACCUUAAGAAUCUCCAAAGCUACGUCGUUUCUGAAGUCAUGGGACAAGUCCUAGACAAAUUCCAUGGGAAGGAAUGGAGAAAGAGACAGAUUAGGAAAAUCAGUGAUAAGGUUUUUGAGCGUGUCAAAAAUCAAUCAGGAAGAGCUACUUUGACAUUUGAAGAUCUAUAUAUCGCUGUCUUGCUGGUGUAUAAUGAUAUUAAUAAGCGUUUGCCUGGGCCGCACUUUGAUCCACCCUCUAAGGACCAAAUCAGAUCAAUGAUGCAGGAGUGUGACUUGAACCUUGACGGACAAAUCAACCAUGAUGAAUUUGUGAAAUUCAUUCAGAAGCUUACAACCGACACGUUGGUUGUCGUUAGUCAGGGACUGCUUGUCACUUUGGUUGUCGCUCCAACUGUAGCUAUGGCGACAAAGAAGGCGACUGAGGGUGUUCCCGGUGUUGGAAAAGUGGUUCAAAAGUUGCCCAAUUCAAUUUAUGCAUCUCUUGUCACCCUUGCAAUUGUUUGGUUUCAAACAUCGCGCGAAGGGAUUGAGUAGAGAAUUUUUCCAUCUUUUGUCUACCGUAAAUGAGAUGAAGAUUAUUGCUUGGUUUGUAUAGAACAAUAUCCUGCAAAUUGGCUUAAUAAUCAGGAGGAGGAAAUCUCUGAACUCCAUUAGAAGGAUUUUAUAACUUGUGAUAAUGCAUAUGAUAUUUGUUUCCCAA